UCUCGUUUCGACUCGGCUCGUCGCCUCCUCUGUUCUACUCUCCUACUCCUCCGCCUCUAUUCUCUCUCUCUCUUGCAAGCAUCUCUUUGUCCUUUGGAUGGAUGAUCUGAAGGCGGCCUCUCCUCCCUCGGCGGCGAGGGAGGGAGACAGAUCGGACUGCAUGUCAUCGGUAAAUCCCAAUCCCUCUCCUUCGAAUUCGUACGCGGCUGUUGUGAUCGGAGGCACCUUUGACAGACUGCACCAAGGCCAUCACUUGUUUCUCAAGGCGUCCGCGGAGCUUGCGAGGGAGCGGAUCGUCGUAGGGGUUUGCAAUGGACCUAUGUUGAGCAAGAAAGAGUAUGCUUUCCUAAUAGAACCACCUGAAAAGCGCAUGCAAAGUGUGAAGGACUUCAUUAAGUCAAUUAAGCCGGAGCUGAUGGUGCAAGUUGAGCCGAUCACAGAUCCAUAUGGUCCAUCAAUUAUAGAUAAAGAUUUGGACGCUAUUGUUGUGAGCAAGGAAACAUUGCCGGGAGGCAUUGCUGUUAACAGGAAGAGGACUGAGAGAGGCUUAUCACAAUUACAGAUUGAAGUGGUGGAUUUAUUGCCAGAGGAAUCAACAGGAACCAAGAUAAGUUCUUCAACCCUUCGGAAAAUCAACGCAGAACAAGCCGUCAAAGAUCAGCAACAGCAACAUGGACAACUAUAGUACAUUCUGAGUGUGCUACAUAUGUAUAACAAAACCUCUACACAAGCACAUAUGUACAAUUUUCCAAAAAUUCUGCCACAACCUUACUUUUUCUCACAGCCACAGCUGCUAUAACUAUAAUCCUACCUUUCAUUUGUUGUAAUUUUGUUAUCUGUUCUUGAUGUGUCAAAGUUUUUUUUUUCAAAAAAAUAAAAAAUGAUAAAUUCUUGA